UAGAGAAUGUAAUAUUAACUUUAAGCUAUAUAUGUAUUAAUGUAUAAACUGCUGCACAGGUCAAAUAUUGUUGAGAUUGUCUAAUAAUAUUCUUCUGAAAUAUUGUUUUUUUUUUACACCAGAUAGAAGUGAAGAUGUGGGCAGGUGUACGAAGGACAAGAGAAUAUAAAUUUAUCGUGAUCGAGGAGGUUAUGCAGCAGAAGGCGCCGAGAGUGCCUGCUGAUAUCAACAUACAACAACCUCGCAGCGAGUCAAAUCGAGCUACCAAUUCUAGCCUCCAAGGAGUGCGCAGGCGGCUAUCGGCCAACUUUUUUAAGGCGACUUUUAGUUCGCGCAGCAAGGCGGUCACCGCCCUCCGCGCCCCCUGCGCCUCCCGUUCCGUCGAGGACACCACUAAAAUAGGCAACGCGGAGGCAAAGCCUGUCACUAGAAACAGACCUAGAUCAGCUCUAUGCCAUACCAGCUGCGACAAUAUAACAUUCAACAGAUCAUUGUUCUCAUUGUCCCACUCAUCCAGCGCAGCCAUCGCCUCUAUCCGCUCCGGAAAUUUCUGCUUGCGUCUUCAAUUCUGUUAUACAAAGAAAGAUGUGUUCGAAAUACUAGACGUCAUACAAGUACUGAUGUGA